AUGCAUCUAAUGCCUCCGCAAAGGGCGUUGGCGCAGCGAGGCCAGCGCGGCUUGGACGACUCCGGUCACGAUGCCGAAAGACGCCCCGAAAACAUCUUUUUGUUCUGGCCCAAUAUCAUCGAAUAUAUCCGAGUCAUCUUGGCCAUCUCCUCUCUAUACUACAUGCCCCUCCAUCCACGCACAUGCUCUCUUCUCUACGCCAUAUCAUGCCUUCUCGAUGCCCUCGACGGAUAUGCUGCUCGAAUCCUGAACCAGGGAACGCAAUUCGGCGCAGUCUUGGACAUGGUCACCGACCGCUGCACUACAUCGUGUCUUUUGGUCUUCUUGGCGACGGCUAUCCCUCGCUGGGCUCUUGUUUUCCAGGGGUUGAUUGCGCUGGACUUUGCUAGCCAUUAUAUGCACAUGUACGCAUCUUUGGUGGUUGGCGGUGCUGGCUCGAGCCAUAAGAACAUUGAUAGGAGUCAGGGCUGGUUGAUGAAGGUGUAUUACUCGAACAAGAUUGUCUUGUUUUCUCUUUGUGCGUUCAACGAGCUCUUCUUCAUCGCCUGCUACCUCUUGUCCUUUUCGUCACCCGUCAUUCCUCUCUAUCUCAACGCCGAUAUCGAUGGACACGGCCCCUUGCACCCAAAAGUAGAAGUCGACACUUCGCUCUUGGCCAAGAUGUUUCCUGAUCCCUUCAGCUCUGCGGCACUUGAGCUGGCGCGCUCCAACAAGAUUGACAAGUACUGGCCGAAUGUUAUAGCGACGGGAUGCUUCCCCUUUAUGGCGCUGAAGCAGGUGAUUAAUGUUAUCCAGCUGGUUCAAGCUAGUCAGCGGCUGGCGAGGGUAGACGUGCAGCGAAGACGGGAGAUGAAGCAAAGAUGAUUUUGUCAAUGUCAAUCUUAUUCAUGUGACAAGGAGCUCUUCCAUUUAAUCACACAUAGAUGUACUCAAUUAUAUCGUUGAUGCCAAGGAUCAAAUC